UGGCUACAUAAAGAAGGCUCAGCAGUCCCCUUCACUUUUGUAUACCUUGGGUGGGUUUUUUGCAAGACUUAACACUUGAAAAGAAAAUGGCACAGAAAAGCAAGAUCUUGAUUAUUGGAGGAACUGGUUAUAUCGGAAAAUUCAUAGUGGAAGCAAGUGCAAAGGCAGGCCACCCCACCUUCGCGUUGGUUAGGGAGAGCACACUUUCUGAUCCAGCCAAGGGAAAGCUUAUUGAGAAUUUCAAGAAUUUAGGCGUCAACAUUCUUCUUGGAGAUAUUUACGAUCACGAGAGUUUGCUGAAGGCCAUUAAGCAGGUGGAUGUGGUGAUAUCAACAGUCGGUAAUCUGCAACUAGCAGAUCAGACCAAGAUCAUUGCUGCCAUUAAAGAGGCUGGUAAUGUUAAGAGGUUCUUGCCUUCAGAGUUCGGAAAUGAUGUGGAUCAUGUUAAUGCCGUUGAGCCCGCCAAAACUGCAUUUGAGAUAAAAGCUAACGUUCGGCGCGCCAUUGAAGCUGAAGGGAUACCCUACACUUAUGUUCCCUCCAACUUCUUUGCUUCCUACGUCCUUCCUAUUUUGCUACUGCCACAUGUUACUGGUUCUCCGGAAGGCAAAAUCACAAUCUUAGGGGACGGCAACGUCAAAGCAAUUUUUAACAAAGAAGAAGACAUUGGAACAUACACUACAAAAGCUGUAGAUGAUCCAAGAACAUUGAACAAGACACUUCUCAUUAGGCCUCCUAAGAAUAUUGUAACAUACAAUGAGCUUGUUGCUUUAUGGGAGAAGAAGACAGGCAAGAACCUUGAGAAAAACUAUGUUCCUGAAGAGCAGCUUCUUAAGGACAUCCAAGCGGCUCCUAUUCCAAUCAAUAUUGGUCUAGCAAUCAACCACUCAGUCUUUAUUAAGGGUGAUCAGACCAAUUUUGAGAUUGACCCAUCAUGGGGCGUUGAAGCUACUGAGCUAUAUCCUGAUGUCAAAUAUACUCCUUUGGAAGAAAUAAUUGAUCUGUUUGUUUGAAGAAUUUAAAGCAGCUGCUUUGUGUGCUACUUAGUGGCGAAAUAAACACCCAUUUGUUUUCAAGUGGAUGUUUCUGCAAAAGAGUCUUUAUGUUUGUAAUUGUCAAGUUCUGUUAGAAUGUCCUAAUGAAAUGAUGCUUAUGCUGCUAUACUCUAAUUGUUCUGGUUUUAUAUUUAUGGCAGUAAUCAGUAUCUGUUUAAAAGAAAUUCUGGAUCAUGUUAAUUAUCUGUUUAAAAUAAUAAAACUGCAGGGGUGUUACAGUGAUUGGUCA